AUGGGAACUGCAUGUUAUUCCUAUUAGACAAAGAAGUAGCAACUGAAUGACAUUAGGUUCAGAUAGUAGAUUUUGAUGUUUAGGAUGGAAAUUUCUGGUCUAAAGGUUAAAAUAUUUAACAGUAAAGUACAUAUGUGAUUGUAAAAGUGAAUGAGCAUCUCUAUAAGACCACCAUGAUCAGAUACACCAAAAAUCCACAUGUACUCUUACUCCUUUAGGAUAGUGGCCCAUAACCUUUACUUUUUAUUUGCACAUGGAUCCUCAAAGUAUGCAGACUACAUUCUUUAAAUUAGUACUAUAUUCAAAUAUGUAAUCAAGCAAAUCCUUGAUGACUCAGACAAGGUUCAUUAUAAGAUUAUACAAUAUAUGAAAUUGCCAGUGGACCAUAACAUCAUGAUAUUUUGUUUAGUGAAAUGCUAUUUAUAAUUUAGAACUAAUCUUCUAUUAUUUUUGAUAUCAAAGUAUCUUAGAAGUUUCAUCUCAAAAUCAAUACCAAGCACAUUCGUUGUAUCCUAGGAGAAUAAUUGGGAGAUAUAGCCUACAGUUUUCUAUUGA